CAGCCUACCGGCAACAGUACGAGGAGCGGCAGCGACAGAUGGCUGAACAGCAUCGUGCUGCUGAGAAGAAGUCAGACGUAGCCAUGAAAGAGCGAGAAGCCUCCAUGAAGGAGGAGUGGAAGCAGAAGAGCCCAAUGCCACCAAGCCUCUCCAAAGCCCCGAGUCAGUCAGACCUUGGAAAGACCUCGCAACCUCCAAGCAAAUCCAGGGACUCACCCUCCGAGCCCUGUUCCAAGUCCAUGGGAAGCAUAAAGGUGGAGGACCCAAAGUCCCAGCAAGCGGAGGGGCUAAAGAUGAAGCUGACUGAAGGGGGCCACCAUGGAAAGGAGGACUCCAAGCAAGCACUGGAGUCCAGAAGCCAGGCAGGGAUGGAGCAAGCCAUGUGGUACAGACAGCAGUACCCCGAGAGCCAGAAGCCCCAAGCAGAAGAUGAACACCAGCAACAACAACCUCGAUGGAAAGAUGAAAGGGACAGAGAGCGGGAACGCGACCGUAAAUUAAAGGAAGACAGGCCUCGGCCCAAGGACAGUCAAAGUGGGCCCAAGGAGGACAGCAAAGAGGGCAGUGAUCCCAGAAUCACUUCUGAAGACCAUCGGGCUCUGAGCAAAGACUCUCGUUCUAAUCCUCACAUGCAGUUCUCAUCACCACUAGCACAGCACCAAGGCUACAUGCCCUACAUGCAUGGUUACCCCUAUGGACAAGGCUAUGACCCCAACCACCCUGGAUACAGGGGCAUGCCUUCAGUCAUGAUGCAGAAUUACCCAGGUUCCUAUCUGCCCGGAGGUUACCCCUUCUCUCCAUACGGGAGUAAAAUAGCCGGAGGGGAGGAAGUCAGCGACAAAUCUUGCGCUAGCCCCACCGUCACCAAAACAGCAACGGACUCCAAAGCCCUCGAUAUCCUGCAUCAGCACGCCAGCCAGUACAAGAGCAAAUCCCCGACUGUAGGCGACAAGCUGCCCCACGACAGGGAGAGGGAGCAGGACCGAGGGGCUGCCGGAGACCGAGACCGGGAACGGGAGCGCGAACGGGAACGGGAGCGAGACGUGGACCGACCGCGAUCCUCGCCGUCCCAGCGCAUCAUGCCCUCCCACCACCACCUGGGAUACCCCCUGCUCUCAGGGCAAUACGACCUGUCCUACGCCACAGGUCAGUCAGUAACCCGCUCUAGAACCACAGUAGAUUGUAGAACAGAAAGUCUGUCGCCCAGAUAGCGACCCAGAAACGGG